AUGUCCGUCCGCCGCCGCCCCGAGAGAACCACCGCCUGCCACUUGGCGCACCCGCCGCCCCCGCGCCGUCGGCCCGCUCGGCCCGCAGCCGGCCCCCGAGCCCGAGCCGCCGCCCGCCGCCUCUCGCGCGGACCCGCCCCUCCUGCGCCGAAUCCCGUGCCACCCGUCGCCGGCGUCGCCCCGGGCCUCCGCCGCCACCUCGCGCCGUCGCCCCGCCGCCGCGGCUCCUCCUCCUCCAGCCCCGCCGCCAGUCUCCGCCGUCGUCCCUCGGACCUCGCCGCCUCGGCGUCCGCGCCCGUGCGCCGGCGCCGCCGCGCGCCCCGUGCCCGCAGCCGGCCCUGCCGCGCUCGCCGCCGGCCACCGCCUCCUCCGUCGCCGGUCGCCGCCCCAACCCCGGAUCUGGGCGGGUGGAUGAGAUCCAACCGUCCCGCGAUCCAAACACCUUCCCCGUCCCCGGAUCUGCUUGUCCCCGAACCACCCCGUCCCGUUUUCGCGAGGUAG